AUGAGCGUCAAAAGUUCUAAGCAAGUGGCAGGUAUGCUGGAGGUAGGCUGUCAUAGAGAUGUCCUUAGUCGUGAAGUCCUGGUUGACUUAAUGCACAACGAGCUAGGCGUGGAAUUUGAAGCGGAGGGCGUACUCAAGGACAACCUUGUCUGGGGAGAUAAGAACGAGGCCGGCCCACAUCCUUGGGCAUUGGAUGAGCCAUCCACAUAUAAGGUCCACAAGGGCUGGGUCAAGUUGAGUUUGCCUUUGCUAGAGACAUGGAGCUGGCCCAAAGGAAGAUUGGGUUCGGUUACGAUCUGGGUAGUGGCUGAAGCUUGGGGUUCUGUGAAUUCUGAUAGGAAGUUAGCAACAGCCUGA